UCUGCCGACCCGUUACCCUGCGAUGAAAUGCUGAGUAAUCGCAUCCAUCGCUCCCUCCUCCACUCCAUCACCGGCUCUCGCCAUCUCCGGCGACCCGCAUUGGAAUGGAUAGAACCCUACAUGGACAUCUCAGACCUCGCCCACCACUCCCACGGCGACCCCCAGCCCUCCCCAUGGCUCCUCCGCAUCCUCUCUCUCCUCGUCUCUUCCCCCACCCCUGAUUCUGACCUCCGCUCCUUCAGCCGGUCUUUCCUCAUCCGCUUCUCCCCUCGCUUCGUCGCUGCUGUCCUCCGCCACCCGUCCCUCCACUCUCACCCCGCUGCUGCCGUCGCCCUAUUUCACUUCGCCACCGCUCAGCCCUCCUUUGUCCACUCCCUCGACUCCUACAUCUCCCUCCUCCACCUCCUAUCUUCCUCACCAUCAUCCUCCUCCGCCGAAGCGCGAAUAAUCGUAGCGGAGCUCUUGGAACGGGACGACCUCAUUCUCACCCCCACUGCUGCGGGCUCACUUCUUCGAUGCCUCGGAUCUCUCGGCCUAGUCGAGGAGCUUCUGUGGACAUGGCGUCGGAUGAAGGAGUGCGGGGUGGAGCCGUCCCUGACGAGUUACAAUUGCUUGAUGGACGGUCUCGUGAAUUCGGGUUUUGUUGAUUCUGCGGAGAAGGUAUUGGAGGUUAUGGAGAGUGGCAACGCCGGUAAUGGAGUCCGACCUGAUGUUGUCUCCUACAAUACAAUGAUUAAAGGCUAUCUGAAGAUCGGGACAAAUGAUAGGGCAGUGGCAAGGUUCCGGGCGAUGGCGGCGAAUGGUGUGGAUCCAGAUAAGGUAACUUAUAUGAUUUUAAUCCAGUGCCAUUAUGCUGGUGGCGAGUAUUAUGAUUGCUUGGCUCUGUAUCAUGAGAUGGAGGAGAAGGGACUGGAGGUCCCUCCGCAUGCUUAUAGUUUGGUGAUAUCGGGGCUCUGCAAGGAUAGGAGGCCUUUCGAUGCCCGGAUGGUGUUUGAUAAAAUGUCUGAGAAUGGUUGCCGGGCAAACGUGGCUAUAUAUACGACACUGAUUGAUUCUUUUGCGAAGAUUGGGGAUGAGGAACAGGCUAUGAGACUCUUACAGAAGAUGAAAGAUGAUGGAUUUAAGCCUGAUGAAAUCACUUAUGGCGCACUCAUCAAUUGCUUGUCAAAAACAGGGAAAAUGGACAAGGCAAUGGAGUGGUUUGAGUUCUGCAACACAAAUGGAAUUAUGGUGAAUGCCAUGUUUUAUUCUUGCCUCAUUGAUGGAUUUGGGAAGUUAGGUAUGGUGGAUAAGGCUGAGAGCCUCUUCAUUGAGAUGGGAACGAAGGGUUUCGUGCCAGAUUCAUACUGCUACAAUGCACUCAUUGAUUCAUUCGCCAAGGCCGGGAGGAUGGAUGAUGCACGCUCCAUGUUUGAGAGGAUGGAAAGGGAGGGUUGUGACCAAACAAUUUACACUUACACUAUAAUGAUUGAUGGGCUGUUUAAGAAGCACAGGAAUGAGGAGGCAUUGAAGUUGUGGUGUAGAAUGAUUGAUAAGGGUGUAACUCCAACCCCUGCAUCAUUUCGUGUGCUUUCCACUGGGCUCUGUCUUUCAGGGAAGUUUGACAGGGCUAUGAAGAUCCUGGACGAGCUUGCUCCCAUGGGCGUUGUUCCUGAAACUGCUCAUGAGGACAUGAUUAAGGUGCUUUGCAAGGCUGGGAGGAUGGAGCAUGCUUGUAAACUAGCUGAUGAGAUUGUUGAUAAAGGUCGUGAGGUCCCUGCAAAGGUUCGAACUAUUAUGAUAAAUGCAAUUAGGAAGGCCGGGGAUGCAGAAUUGGCUAUCAAGCUGGUGCAUAGUAAGAUUGGUAUAGGUUAUGAUAGAGUGGGGAGCAUCAAAAGGAGAGUAAAGUUUGUUACUUUGUUGAACCUUUAGAAGCUGAGAAAGAUCAGUUUUACAUGGUUUGUCUUGGCAAGGGUGUGGGAGAGAGACAUAUCUAUUGCAUCUAUGGACUAAGUAAUUGGUAUGGGAGCUAUCAAAUAUAAUUUUCUUGUCCAUUUCUUGGUGUAGCUAAAUCUGGAACAUGGAAGUCUAAAGUGCUACUGAGAAUUAUUAGGACAAAGUAUUAAUUUUAUAUUAAAUAAAUGUCCAAGGAUUAGCAAAACAUGUAGAUGUUUCUGGCGCGUGACAAAAAUAUGAAUGUUCCUAGUAUAUUUGAAGAGACUACAAGUCAACAAAAGUCGGCACAAGUCGGCAACUCAAUGACUUUCAUCAACUCACCUUAAUUUAGUAAGACAGUGACUCGCCAUAAUUUGGUAGGGCGAAUGCAUUCUCAUCACCUUGUCUCAUGAUCCUGUGACAUAAUCACUUGCACCAACAAACACAGUUUCGUAAUUCAAGCAGCCUGAGAUU